CACAACUAAUACACUGCCAUGGCGGCCUUGAGUUGAGCAAUACCGACCUGACACGGAUAUUUUCACAAAAUGCAACCGCCACCAAGAAAGGUGAAAUCCACUGUCCAACUCAAGAACGUACAGAAUGAACAAGUGACAAAACUUCAAGCCAAGCACCAGGCCGAAGUUGACCUGUUGGAAGAUUUAAGGAAUUUUUCCAAGCAGAGAUCAGUCAUAGAAAAGGACUAUGCUCAGGCUUUAUCCAAACUUGCCACCCAAUAUUUAACUAAAAAAGAUUUCCCAGCUCCCCCUGAGGUUCAUGGUGAAGAUGGAAAGGAAUACAAGACAGUGUCUUCUGUUUGGAGAAGUCUACUGGAAGAAAUGGAGAGGAUGGCCCAGAAAAGACUCAAGGCAUCAGAUAUCUAUAUGCAGCAAGUUUCAGAGCCUGCUAAGAAUGCCAAAAAUACAAAAAUGACCCUUCUUAAAAAGGUCAUCGAUAACUUACAGCUUUUACAAAAAGAAGUAACUCAGACUGUGCAAGAAAUGGCAAAGACUCAGAAAAUCUAUUCAGAUGAAGAGCACUUAGCACACGAUGCCAGACAGAAGGCAGCAGAAGCAGAAGAAAAAUUAAAAAGGAAAUCCACUGGUCUUUUUCAAUCCCUUGCAAGUCUUCAGAAAAACAGUGCCAAAUUUUCUACCCGGAAAGAAUCCUGCGAGGUGAAGUCAACAUCGGCAAGGAACGAGUAUGUUCUCAACAUGGUGGCUGCCAAUGCUCACCAGAUCCGCUACUACAGCACAGAUCUGCCAGCUUUGAUGAAGCAACUAGAUGGCGACUCCUACGAGAAGUUUCAGGAGUUUGUGACAAUCCUUGGCAAGACGGAGCUGGACUGUGUCACAGCAGCACAUGAGAGUCUCAAUAAGAUUUUAACAGAUGCAGCUUUGGUGAGCCGCCAAUAUAGUCUUCAGUGUUUUCUCCGGGACCACUUAGUCUUCACAGAACUUGUGCAAUAUCAGUUUGAGGCCUGUGACAAUGAUCAAAUCCACAGUGUUACAAGUGCCAAUGGUGCUGAGCAUCAGUUGAAUAAAGAAGCCAGGAAGUGGGCCACCAAGGUUGCCAGGGAGAACAAGGUCAUCAAGGACACCAACAAGACCCUGGACCAGCUGAGGUCAGGGUUACCAGGAGACAGAACUUCCAGGAGUUCCAACACUUCAGGAGAUACGCCAGGGCAGGACCCUGAGACCAAGAUGGAGGAGUUACGAGAAACCAUCAGGAAGGCCGAGACCAGCAAAAUGAAGGCAGAGGCCAGGCUGGAGGUUUUGAGGACAGCUGGCAUUGAUGUAGAUGGCUGGUUAGCAAGUGCAAACAAGGACCUUCUUGCUCCUAAACCAGAUGGUGAUACCACAAGUUUAUCCAGUAGUCAAAUGUCUUUUACUACAGAGAGCUCAGGGGAGCACUCCAGUGGAAUGGUGAAUGGCACUCACUAUAGAGAAGAUGACGAUGACUUUGACAACUCCUUUGACACAUCCGCCAAUGCCACAAUGAUACAGACAUCAACAAAGAGAACUUUGGAAGCUGGCUUCCCCAAACCUUGUCUCGCUUUAUAUGAUUUCCAGGUAAUAUUGGAAAGAAUAUUUGACACUGAAAUUGUUUUUCAUAUGAAUUUUUUUCAGGCAACUAACACAGAUGAACUUAGCAUAGUUGCUGAUGAGCAGCUGGAGGUGAUAGCUGAUGGAGAUGGAGAUGGCUGGGUGCAGAACUCCAUCCAAGUGAAAAAUGUCUCUAACACAUUUAAUAGUGCAUGUCAUGCAGUUACUUUGUUUUCACAUCAGGCUGAUAAGCAUUUUUGUUUCUUGCAGCAUAGCAGAGUGUUUCGUUAUGUGAUAUCAUUCAUCAUUAUGCAAGACUUCACAUUUCAAGUCAUAUAUUUUACCACACAGGCACAAAAUUCUAAUGGUGAAAUUGGCUUGGUACCAGAAAACUACCUACACUACACUGAGUAUUCAGAAACCAGUCACCCAGAACAUGGCUACUAUGCAGAAGAGGAUGAUGUAGCAACGCCAACUGCAGAGCCGGAGAGUGCAAUCCACCAUGAACCCCAGGAGUCGUAUAGCUCUUCUGAAGUGGAGAUUCAGCAGACAGUCACACAGCACAAUUAUGGCAUGGAUGAUGGAAUGUGGGCCAAGGCUCUGUAUGACUAUGAGGCCACCAACGAGGAGGAACUGACAUUUUUUGAAGGCCAAAUCAUCAGAAUUUUACGCAAGGAUGAAAAUGGCGUGGACGAUGGCUGGUGGGAGGGUGAACUGAAUGGAGUAGUAGGGGUGUUCCCCUCUCUUGUAGUGGAAGAACUAGAACCUGGCAAGGUGCCCCUACAUGAACACACUGUCCCCCCUGUGUGUGCCCCAGCUCCUCCAGCAGUGACAAUAACACAGCCAUCACCAGACACAGAGGUCAAGCCAACACUGAGUAAUAAACCAGAAAUACCCAAAAAACCACCAGGAUUGGCUAGAUACUCAAAUAUCCCCACCAAAUCUGAGCUAGCUCAGGUUUCCAAAACAGUAACUGCUUCUUCAACAAAACUAACCCGCUCUUCAGUUUCUGGAGGCCCGGUCAGCCCUACCUCCCCGACCAAGCUUACUGACUCUUUCUCUGGGGCGUCUUUAGCUCAUAUUUCACAGUUAAUAUCUGCUUCUACAGCACAACAAAGAAACUUUUCAUAUUCAGGUAGCCCUAAUAAAACUACCUCACAGACAUCCUCUGGUAGUUAUGGACAAACUUCAGUUUCAGGUAAUUCUAAGAAUCCCCCCGCAUCAAAUGAACAAAGCCAAAGUGGUUCAGUUUCAAGAUAUUCGGGUAAUCCUAUGGCAUUCAAGGCUACCCGGCAGUGGCAUUCAGUUUCAAGCCCACCUCAAAGUCCCACUGCCCAAACUCCCAGGAAAAGCUUACCAGAGUCUUUGCUGACUCAGCUUUCAGAAUCUUUGGCUAAAUCUAAUUUAAAACCAAUGCCAACAUCUCAGUCUGCGGUGAACACCAACACCAACAACCAAUCAGAAAGAGUCACGUCAACCAGCCAAUCACAUUCACCAAACUAUACUCAGAAGAGUUAUUAUGCAAAUGUACCAUCCGCUGCCGACAUAGCAUGUAUUGAAGAAAUUGUGACAGCAUCAUCUGAUGCUACAAAACUUAAGCACUCGUCAGUGUCUUCAAAUCCCAGGAGCCCCAAAGUCAAAAGUUGCCCUACCAGUCCCAGAAGUCCAACAAAGUUUCCUCAGUCAACUUACUUAAUAAAUAAUGCAUCAGCAGGGGCAGAAGUGGCAGAAGUUGUUACUGCAGAUUUCACUGUAGGUGGCACUCCUCAGAUAACGCGCACCCAGUAUCAAAGUACUGAUGAGUUAAACAGGCCCAGAAAGUUUAGCAGAACAAAUAGUGUCACUGCUUCCAGCAAAGAAACAUCUGUUUAAUAUCUUUAUCUAUAUAUGUGCCUUCUACAUGUAUUAUUAUAGCUUCUUGUUGAAAAAGAAAAAAAAUAUAUUAUUCUUGUAAGUACAAACAUUUGUCAAAUUAAUGAUAUGCUACAGCCAUAUUUCAAUCAAUUUUAUAUAAGGCUGUCUUUAAACAUAUCACGUUUUGUUGUUUAACAUAUGCACUUAUCACAUGUUUAUUCCAAAUUAUCCUACAAAACUUAUUAUCUGUUGUAACAUAGUAACGGUGAGCAACAAAAUAUAUUUUACUCUUUGCACCCUUUUUAUGUCCUAUUUUAAUCCAUCCCUUUAUAAAUAAAUAUUAGGAAAUUUAAGGUUUGAAUUUAAGUGUUUGAACAAUAUUCAUGUAAUGGAAUAACAACCACAAAAUCUUUAUAAGUUUUCAAAA